CUGGGUUACUGUGGUGGAUAAACCUGCUCUGUGUAAAAGAACGUGUAAAAAAGAUACAUAAUGUGUAGAUUCAAAUCACAACUUUGACUGAUACCACUUGAACGUGUAUUUGUAACGCAGAUUUGACAGAUCAGCGGAAGUAGACCGCGCGAUUGCAUUUACGGAGAAUCAGCAUUACACUUUUUGCAGUUCGAUUUUACACCACCGACUAGUUUCAACCCUCGAACUGAAAAAGGUGUAAAAUGCGAACUGCAAAAAGUGUAAAAGUUACAUCUUUUCCAGUUCAGGGGUCCGAACUGCAAAAGGUGUAACUUUUGGACUUAGAAAUUUUUUAAAGAAUCUGCGGAAUUAUUUCACCCGCUGUCAAAUCGGGACUUUGGAUGCUGGUGUUGCAGGUAAGUUCUACUCGGAUUUGCGAACAGCUGCCGGAAAAGGCAAGAUUCCGGUUCUCUCAAACUGGAUUACCAAGAAUACCAGGCCGGCGAAUAAUGUUGUGGCCGAAUUCGGUUGAAUUCUUGGUUCUCCAGUCUGGGGGAAGCGAAAUUCUACUUUCCGGCAGGGAAUGGCUAAAAUCUGACGGCUGCGGUUGGAAAAAGCAAGAUUCCGCUUCCUCCAGACGGGAAAACCAAGAAUCACGGCGAGGUGAAUAUAUUUGUGGCUGGAUUCUAUUGAUUUCUUGGCUCUUCGGUCUGGGGGAAGUAAAUUUCGACCUUCCGAUCGGAAUUCAAGGAAAUUUAUCGUCAGCGCCCGGAAAAAAAAACAAGAUACCGGUUCCCCCAGACCGGAUAUCUAAGAUCACGGGUUGGUGAUUAAUUGUAUGGUUGUAUUCGAUGGUUGUUUUGGUUCUUCGGUCCAGGGGAAGAAAAUUUUUACCUUCCGGCCGCAAAUUUAUCGUCAGCGCCCGAAAAAAAAACAAGUUUCCAGUUCCCCAGACCUGGAACAUCCUGGAAGGAGCGUAACUAACUACAUCCGUACUUCUGUUAGAUCAUCCGAAUUAUCUUGAUCAGAACAGUAUAGCUCUGGUUCCUUGCGAGUGUCCUAUUUUCUUACCUCCACGUUGGCUUGGUUUUCAUGAUGACCUAGCUGGUGGCCUGUGGAAACGGAUCGUAAACCUUUGACCACCGCGGGUCAGAGUAGAGACGGCUAAAAGAAAGGGGCGCGACAAUGUGGGAAAGGGAAGUAAUUUGUGAUUGUAGACGGUAUUGUUUUGAUUCGCAGUAUGUUGAGUCAACUGCUGUGGAUGUACCUGAGCAUCGCAGAACGGGGUUUCUCUUCUUUCCAUUUCAACGAACAGCUAUCUUCUGUUUAUUUUGUUUCACUGAUUUUCUAAAACGGCUUCUGAUUACUAUCCUCCAUUUGAUUUCGAUUUUACUUAUAUGAUUCUCUUGUUUCUCGACGCUUUUCCACUCUAUUUUACCAAUUGAUUCUGCUGUAACAAACUGUCUGCUUUCCCUUAAUUUGGCAGCGAUGUCAAUUUUGUUUAUCAUGUGCCUUUUCUUUAUUUAUCUAUUUGAAUAAUUUCUAAUUUCUACUAUCUUUCUUUUACUAUUGAUUCUUUACAUAGUAUAUUUCCUUCACUGUCCAUUGUUUUGAAACUUCACCUUUUUCUUAAGCAAGUGAGGUUCGAGCCCUUACUCAAUUUAUGGAAUGAUUAAAGGAUUAACACAAAUAUUACUAUUGUAUUUUUGAAAAACUUUUCUAAAAUGCUUAGGACCAAAAUAUUGUAACAAAACACCGCGACAGAAGAAAUAGCAACAGAUAAACAUGACUCAACACUAGGAAAGGUUUCAGGAGAAAACAAUACACAGUAAAAUAACAACUAGUUUUUGAAUUCAAACUAAACUGCUUUAAUGAAAGUUGAUAGGCACACUAUAGAUGGUAGGCGCUUAUACUUACAUCAAACCCUACGUAAUGUACCACCCCCGGCCGAGUUAAAAUGCGUAACCGGAAAAGAAGGUGUGCAUGCCUGGCACGAACACUCAAAGCGUGUUCUAGCGUGUUGCUCGUACUGACUCAGAGCAAGGGUGAGAUGUAGGUGUAAGGGCAGUGCGUGUUCGUCGGAAACCUGGUGCAUAAGAUCGGUCAAGGCCCGUUCUUACACUGAAAAUUGCGAAUUGCGAAUUGCGAAUAUCGGCCGGAAGGUAGAAAUAUGCUUUCCCCAGACCGAAGACCCAAGAAUUCAGUUGAAUCCGGUCACAAAAUUAUCUACCUCUCCGUGAUUCUUGGUUUCCCAGUCUUGGAGAACCGGAAUCUUGCUUAAACCACGAAUCACGGGAUGAACGUGAUGAACGUAUUCAAAGCGUGGGAGGAGUGGGCCGACUACCCGAAGAACUUUUUGCUUAGGCUGCAGCACACCUUCCUGGGGAUUGCGAUUGUGAGUAGAUUUACUUAUUGGUUUGACAAUUUCAAAAAUACAAUCUCUCAACAGGUCGAAAAGCAACCGGAGGAAGUUCCCGCCCUGCUGAAGGGAAUUGCCGAUACAGAUUCCAGAACGCCAGUGCUUAAGCACGACAUCUACAACGACGGGAUGCCGCUAAACACCACGGAGGACAUAGACGGCGUUCCGAUGCAGAGCUCGGAGAAGAAGCUCAAAACUGGCGGCCCAGUUCUCCCCUCUACUCCAGCAGAAGCCACAGCAAGCGUGAAGCGUCCCUUUUAUCGGUCCAAACCAGCAGCAAGUCCACCCAUCGGUGAGGACUCUCAGAAUGGACAGAUUACGGGCGAAGGUCAUGCAGGUUUAUCAACCAAUUGCUGGUGGCACCCGCCGGGUUGUUCUCUCCUGAAGGUCAACGCAAAAGUUGAGCCACGUCUCCAAAAUAUCAUCGACCUUGUGCACCAGCAACGAGCAAUCGAUCCGGAUUGAAAGCCAACCGUUCGCGGUCACUACGAACGCCAGCUGAAACCUCCCGGCGUUUUAAUCCAAACCGGUGUGGACCGACGCUAAAGUGAACCCAGCGCGCCAUGAAACACGGUCCGGCUUGAAAAGAUGCUCACAGCAAGCACCUGUAAUUGUUUGGAGGGGGGGUUUGUUGUGAUGCCACUCCAAAAAUGGAGCUAAAUUUUUUGAUUGCCCUUUAUCGGGGGAACCGUUUUUUUUUGUUCUCUUCCAGCGUCAUGGGUGAAGUUGCCAACCUCCUGUGGCCGAAUGGUUACGGGUUUCGCCUCAUAAGCGGAAAGUCAUGGGUUCUUCUCAGGGUGGCAGCAUUAGGUUUAAGUUCAGAGGUAGCAGCAACCGUAUGAGUAUAAAACGGUUGCUUCACGUGCUCUUCAAGCAUGUGAUCGAUCUUGGGAUAUUCCUUUGCGCCUCUUUCCCAAAAUACUUUCCUCGUGUCUUCGCAUGUAAAUAAUGCCCAGCCGAUCGGUAUUGCACUGCAGUCCAGUCGCAUUGUCCAGAUCAGAGCAAAGGGAACACCGCAAAAAUAGCACCGCAAAAAGACAAUUGUCUUUACAAGACCC